AUGAGGAGUGCCUGGCAGAGAUGCAGCGAGUUGGGGCUAAGCAACAUCGAGUUCAGGGACUUGAUCACCCAUAUACCACCACCGACGAUUGAGCGUCUCCCGGAGGACAAGUCGUGGCUCAUCCCUUUGUGUGUUAUCCAGGAUGAUAAAUUGUGUAAGAUGAGGUUUAUGUACCAGAACUUGGAUGAGUUCGUGGAGCUGAUUCACAACGGUACUAUGGUGGAGAUUAGAGACGCAUUUGCGCUGUCGGCGGCGGUGGACCCGUGGAUGGGCUUGCUUAUGGAGGAGAGUGGGCUUGAGUCCAUGGAUGCGAUCAUGUACAACGACUGGAACGUGGAAAAGCCCGUGAUCGGCCUUUCGGGCUGGACAUUGAAGAGGCGUGCAAGGAACUACUUGAUUGCAACGGCGACCGCCAGCUCGAUCAAGAUCCUUUACGAGCGCAAUAUGGUAGGGCCCGUUUCGAUCUUGAAAUUGGACGAUUACACAGAUAGCAACUCACAUGAACUGCUGACCAGGAUCUGGCACGAGUUCAGGAACUCCCACGGCAUAGGUGGUUGGGACGUGGGAUCAGGAAAUCAGAUGGCAUCUGAUAACGGGUCUGCAGCGUAG